AACCAGUAUGCCCGCCGUGCUCUCAAGAUGUGGUUCGCGAUCCUAUUGUGCCUCGGAAUUCAGACCAUAAUGGCGGGCAAGGCACCCGUCAUCGAGCUGAACGAUGGCAAUAAGAUUCCAGUCGUGGCUCUUGGCACCGGCAGAGGCACCGCGGCAGACGCACCUAUCGACGAAGUUCGUCAAGCAGUGCUCUGGGCUAUCGAGGAGGGUUAUCGCCACAUAGACACUGCUGCCAUCUAUCAGGAUGAGCCGCAAGUAGGACAGGGCAUCGCCGACGCCAUUGCCAAAGGCUUGGUCAAGAGGGAAGACUUGUUUGUCACCACUAAGCUAUGGAACGACAGGCACGCCCAGGACCAAGUGGUGCCGGCGCUCCGGGAGUCCCUCAAGAGACUCUGCUUGGACUACGUCGACCUCUAUUUGAUCCACUUCCCGAUAGCACUGAAUGCUGACGGGUCACCCGCGGACGUCGACUACGUAGAAACAUGGAGGGGCAUGGAGGAGGCCAAAAAGCUGGGCCUCGCCAAGUCCAUUGGGGUGUCCAACUUCAACAGCUCUCAAGUGGAUAGACUGUUCGCGAACAGUCAGGUCAAACCUGCUGUCAAUCAAGUAGAGGUGAACCCAACUCUAACACAGGAACCCCUAGUGUCCCACUGUCAGAAACUAGGCGUGGCCGUGAUGGCAUAUAGCCCGUUCGGAUUCCUUGUCUCCCGUAAAACUACGGACACCCCUCCUCCCCGCAGCGACGAUCCUACACUCGUUGCCAUUGCGAAUAAAUACGGGAAGAGUACCAGUCAAGUUGUGCUGCGGUAUCUGCUCGACCGAGGUCUAAUCAUCAUCCCCAAAUCCACAAACCAGAAGCGGCUGGCGCAGAACCUGGACCUGUUCGACUUCAAGCUGACCGCCGAGGAGGUGGCCACCAUAGGGCAGUUCAACAAGAACGUCAGGGUCAUCGACCCCAAGACCUGGAAGGAUUAUCCUAACUACCCUUUUGAGAGGGAUUAAUUUUCAUUUUAAGUGGAGUCAGGCCGAUCAAAUCGACCGAUUUAAUCAGAAAUGAAAUUGGCGUAAAUCUCCAAUUUAAUCACCAAUUUUAGAUUUAUGGUGAUAUUUGAACCCUCUAACUCGAAGUAAAAAAAAAUAUCUAGUGGCUUUUUCCGUCUGUCCGUAAAGAUGUCCGUCCAGACAGAGAUUUUCAUCACAUAAUUUUUAGUUACUGGUUUAAUUAAAACUACCUAAAAUGAACUUUUCGAUUAUUAUGUAUAGUUGGUCAAGCAAAUCUUGUCAGUAGAAAAUUUUUCUAUGUGACGAUAUCCCUUCACUCCUACGUUUUUCAAAUUUGACGCCUUUUUCUACUGACAAGAUCUGCUUGACCAACUAUAAAUGCUAUGUCACUUAACGAGUGUACGCGUCAGUUACAUGCACUGACCUUGACCUUGCCUCUUUAGAUACUACAUUUUACUUUAA